CGUCGCACGUAACGCACGUUGCAGCGGAAUUACUUGGCUCUGAUUCUAUUUCGGAUCGCAAUUCGUUUUAAGUUUGGGUUUCGGCUUUAGCCGGCGUCUCGGUGUUUCGGAUUUCUCGGUCGGUUGGGUCCGCUUGAUCGGUUGGCCAACUGCAAACUCAGCGGUUUUUCGGGGCCUGCAUUCGGCAGUUUGCUCGCCUGGACUCUGAACUCUGACCUCAGAACGAACGCCUAGACAAUCAACUUCUGUGACUCCAAACGGGCACUUUUUAUGACGGUCCCUUGACCGAUUCUUAAAAACAUCAACGCAAGAAUAUAUCAAACAAAAAAGUUAAAUUUUGCUUUUUUUGUUGCCGGUUUUCGGUUUUUCGCAUUUCGUAUUUCGCAUUUCUUGAGCUUGUCGACGUCGUGUGCGCGGUCUUCAUAAAUAAUACAAGAGUGAAUUUUGCGAACGACUUGCAAAUAAAUAAGCAUUUACGCUUUUAUUAUUGCCCGGCGUGUUGUGUGCUGUUGUUGUUGGUGGUGAAGAGUGUGUGUUUUUUGGAGCAGGAGUUCUGCGGAAAUCGCUCCCAUGUGGCGCAAAACCGGAGGAAUAAAAUAAAACCGAACCAAGGGUUCUCCACUUAAAAAAUCAUUUUUGCAUACAAUCAACAUCUAGCCAUAAAAGUGUGUUCGUUCGUCGUCCCCAUAAAUAUUUCGGGAUCCGCUGCUCUGAUUUGUGUGUGCUGAUAAGCCGGUGAUUGCAAGGCAUAAAAAUCCAGCAACGAGUACCAGCCGAGUUCGAAAAAACCACCAUAAAGAUAUCUCAAGCAGAAAAUGUCCAACAGUCUAGGUGGCAACGCGGCGUACACUUAAUCUUGUCAAGGGGACAAAACGCAAGGCUAAAACAAACAUGAACUGCCUUUGUCGCCCGUCACGGAUUAUGUCCGUGCGCAUUAAUUUGCUGGAUGAAACCGAGUUUAUACACGAGAUCAAGGAUGAUUUGCCGGGCCAGGCUCUGCUGGAUGUCGUCUUUGCCAGGCUCAAUUUAAUCGAGACCUCAUACUUCGGCAUACGUUUUGUAGACGAGGAGAAUCAGACGCACUGGCUGGAUCCUGCGUCUCGUAUUUCGCGACAACUCAAGCCCAAGUCGGACCCAUAUGACUUGUAUUUCGGCGUCAAGUUCUAUGCUGCUGAUCCCUGUAAGCUGCUAGAGGAAAUAACUAGGUAUCAACUUUUUCUGCAAGUCAAACAGGAUGUUCUGCAGGGACGACUGCCUGUGGCCUUUGAACUCGCCGCCGAACUCGGAGCCUUUGUGGUGCAAUCCGAGUUGGGUGACUAUGAUCAGCGGCGCCACUCGAAAGGCUAUGUGUCCGAAUUCCGACUUCUGCCAAACCAGAGCAACGAGCUGGAAACCCGCGUCUCUGAACUCCAUCAGCAGCUAAAGGGAAUGUCGCCCUCCAGUGCCGAACUUAACUAUCUGGACAAAGUCAAAUGGCAUGAUAUGUACGGCGUGGAUUUGCAUCCCGUUCUGGGCGAGGACAGCGUGGAGUAUUUCCUGGGCUUAACUCCUAGCGGGAUUGUCGUGCUGCGCAACAAGACGACGGUGGCUCAUUACUAUUGGCCGCGCAUUGCCAAAGUUUAUUAUAAAGGACGCUAUUUUAUGCUCAGGAUAAGCGAUAAAAAUAAUGAGCUAAGCACCUACGGAUUCGAGACGCCUCGCAAAUCGGCCUGCAAACAUUUGUGGCGAUGCUGCGUGGAACAUCAUGCUUUUUUCAGGCAGGUGCGAGUGGCCCCUCUGCCCAGCUCGCAGUCGCAUGCCGCCGAUUUGUUCCAACUGGGAUCGCGCUUCAGGCACAGUCGCCCGGACAAGCUUACGGAGAAGGAUGCACUUUCCGCCGGACGAUCGCCGCCUGCCUUUACCCGUACUCCUUCAAAACGCCAGCCGCGCCGCGUGAUUGAUGACUUUUUUAACAGCCAAAGCAAUGGCAAUGGAAAUGGAGUGGCAGCAUUAGGUGGAGGAAGCCACAUGGGCAACAGACCUCUUCCUCAACCCGGAAUGGGCACCAUCUCCAACAACUACGACAGUCCCUACCGCUCCACGUAUAGUAUACCCACCAGUUUGGGGAUCAGGCCCUGCCAUCAGCAGCAGCAGCAGAACAACAACUCCAGCAGCUACAACAACAACAGUGGGAGCAACCUGCAAACACCUGACUCACCGCGAAGCACACGAAGUGCUCCCUGGCCCCGAUCCCAGCAAAGAUCGUUGUUCGGCCACAAUCCUUCGAGCCCGCGAUCCGUGAGAUCUGCCAGCACAGCGGGUGGCGGACUGCACCACCAUCACAGCCACCACAGCCAUGGCCACGGCACCAGCCACCAUCCACACCACCAAUCCUCCGCGGCGGCGGCCACCUCCUCAUCAUCAUCGCACCACCAACACCGGCAGCAGAGGGCCAACUCCUCAUCCGCCUCACAUCAGCAGCAAAGAUACCGCUCCAGUUCCGUUGAGAGCCACUCCUCCAACGACUCAAGGUCCACAAGAAAACAUAAGCACCGCCAUCGUCGCACUUCUGACAAUGAAAGCGAACUUUCAAGAGGAUCCGGCCGCUCUGGAAGAUCGGGACGUUCGCAUCAUAGAAAGCAUCGCAGGUCGCAUCGGCAUCGACGGGAUUCGGCUGGAGGAUCGGAUCAUAAUAGCACCCGUGGGCGCAGUUACUCCGGUCAUCGAAGCUCCUCGAUGAGGAGUGGUAGUGCUGAGCUUAUUGACUCCACCUCACAAUGGAGGGAGGUUCAAAGGCGCCAGGCCGAGGCCAGUUUGGGCCAGAGUUCCGUUCAACAGGCGGCAGUUUCCAAGAGCAGCAUGGUGGCCAGGAGCCUUCACAGCAACGAUAGUCAUUCGGAUACCCAUUCGCAUCACAAGUCCAGAAGGCAUCGCAAGAACAAAUCCCCAUCGGAAUCACGCAGUCGCAUGUGGAAUAGCGAAUUGGCGAAGCACCUGCAAUUCGAUCUGGUGGACACGGAGGGCAUGUCGGAGCAGCAGCUGCGCGAGAUCCCCUACACGGUGGUGGAGACCACCUCGAAGAGGUCCAACUCCAACCUGAAGAUCCACAAGAGUAACAGCAAGAGUAGUGUGGGAGCCAAGAGCACGGGUUCGGGCAACACCAUCACCAAUGGCAGUGGUUCAGGGAACACGGGUCAGGCCAGGAAUCGUGUCGAUCGAAUAAGAGGACUUUACUAUCAAAGCUCGCAUCCGCACGAUACUAAUGGAGGAACGGGAACUGGUGGGCAAGCACCCAAAAACGGAUCCAUACGAUCGGCCAGUACGAUUUCUUCUAGGGAGUGCGAACGGAAUAAUGGUUUAGUUAGAAUGAUGUCCAGUAUGAGCAUGGGUGAUUUUAUCUCGCCCACUGGCUCCAAUCUGAGUCCUUUGGAGAACUCAGCGUUGAGAGUUUCCCAUGAGCACACUGACUCAGGUCUGGGAGCAGAUCAGGACUAUGCUUAUUCAUCGGAAAGAUCCAGCGACAGCACCCGCUAUGGCACCAACAAAUCGUCGGGCGCCUCGAGCGGAUCGCACCGGAAGUCGGGCGGCAGUGCCGGCGGCAACUACAACAACCUGAUGCAGCAGACCGUGAGUAACCAGCAGCAGCAGCAGCAGCGCUCGCUGUUCGCCCAACAGCAGCGCCAGCAGCAGCAGCAGAAGAGCACCUACAAAUCGCCAUCGGCCACUAACCCGGGCAGCCAGAGUUCCUCGGGACUGGCGCCUGUCCACAAUCCGAGCAACCCCAGUCAAAAUCCCCACAACGCUACUAACUCUAAUCACCAGUCGCCGGCCAAUCGCCUGCUCCACUACACGACCUUUGAGAACAACCAGUACAAGUUCAGUCUGAACAAUGCACUGGCCAAGAGUUCCAGGGGUUUUAUGAGUGGUGGAGGAGGCAGCAUUAGCAAUCUUGCCGGGAGUGUGGUGACAUCUAGUAUCGGUGGUGGUCCAGGCUUAGGUUCUCAAGGUGGUGGUGGUGCUAUCAGCCGGCAACGCAGCUUUGUGGAGUGGCCCAGCAAUCCGGCCUCGCCGUAUUACUACCAAGGUCCUUCGACUCAAGUGGCGCAGGUUAAGCGGCGGGAUGCCAAGUCGGAUAUUGGGGUGCCCACGAGACGGCUCUCAGGGCAGAGUUUGACCAAGACGCAGCUGCUCUCGGGCGGCGGGCAGUCCCAGUUGACCAAUGCGGGCUGCUAUCCCUUGCACUAUGCCAGCAGCAAUGUUUCAGGUGUGGGCCACAAUCGUCCACUGGGUCAGAGGUCGGGGGGCAGUGGCUCCUUCGCCGGAGGAGGAAGGGGUUUCGGCCUCCAGCCUGCCAAAUCAGAUCUCUUCUUGUCCUACAUACACGGGGCGGAGUACGAAAGGCCCUACAUAUACAACUACAAGAUGCCACAGAUGCCGGGUGGCGGCGGAGCAGGGGGUUCCCCGAAACAACAAACCACCGCUUACCACAUUUCUGGAUCACAGACCGCAGAUCCGCCGCCACCGCCUCCGCCACUUUAUGGCGGCACGGCGCCCGCCAACGAUGUCAUGUACUAUCAGUUUGACAAAGGUACCGCCGGCGCUUCUCCUCCGGCGACGACGACGACGUCAUCGCCGCCCAUUGUCCAGCAGCCGCGGCAAACGGGCGGUCCAUUAGUGUAUCUGCAACAUGGCCAGAAUGUUGUAGCUGCCUCCGAGGUGCAGCAGCAAACUUUUGUGCAACUUGUCUUUCGUUUGCCACUCCAUUGUGUUGCAUGUUUGUGUUCCGCGCCUUAAUUGAAUCCGUAUUUCACAGGCAUUAUCGCAUUCCCCGGCCAAAGUACUUAGUCUGUAUGUUUUUCCUUUUCUAUAUUUUCGGUUUGUAUUUCUAAAGAGUGCUAGAGACUAGUGUGUAGAGUGUAUCCGUAUUUGCACAAGUGUAAUAAGUAACUGAAGCUUUUAUGUUGAUUAUUUCGUGAGACUCAUUGUGCACACAGUACAGACAGUGGGUGGUGUCCUCAUUUCCCCCGAAUAAAAGGAAUCCUUAUCGCAUACACACUCCAUCCCGAAGGACUUGUGUAUGCCGGGGCUUAUCAAAAGGGCAAAAACGUAAAGUUGCCGUUUUCCCAGCUGUGGGUUGCAGCGAAAUUUAAUUAACUUAAAUUUAAGGCGUGAGAAAGCCACUUUUGAGCACUUGAAUUUUCAUGGAAUAGUUCAUCCAGUCUUCGCCAGACAUCUGCCCAUAUAUUCCUAACUUAAAAGUAUGCUAUGUAUGCUUGCAAAAGCAAAAGUUUGCCCAAUUUCACGCAUGCCUAAUUAACAACUGAAAUAUUUCAACUAAUUUCAGCUGGAGCGCAAAUAAAUUACCCGAAAAAUAAAAGGCCAUAAAGACAAAAACCCCUGCAAUAAAAGAGAAUAAAUAAUAAGCAACUAUUUGCGCUACAUUAUCCAAGUUUAUAUAACAGACAGGACCUCAAGUCCUGCCUCCUUCGCUUGUGGACUGCCCAAGCAAAUAAUUUCAGCCAAAGUUGAUGGCACAAAAACAGAAAUGCUUGCGAUUCUAAAAUAAAUUCUGGGCCAGCUUCCAGCUUCCAAGCUCCCUCGACCGGGUCACACGCAUGUGUGUAUAUUCCAUAUAUCCAUAUAAAUAUAUAUACGAGUAUAUCCCAAAUGGAUAGAGAAACAACAACAACAGGGAGUACGAGAGUACAUAGAAACAUUUUCGAAAUGUUUGGCAUAAUUUUGCUAUAAAAUAAAUUUUGCAAAAUUGUUUUUCCUAAGCUGGGUAGAGCAGCUUAGUGAAGAGCGAACCAAGAAACGAAGAGUACGCCUGAAAUGGUAGCCAACGCAACGACAUCAGCAAGGACAUCAAAUAAAACAAGCAAAUCAAAAAUUAUGACAGCACAGCAAGGGGCAAAGGCAGCCAAAGGAAUAUGCCAAACACGGCAUCCUGCGGCAGGGGAAAUUAUACUCGCAAAAAUAAAGAGUUCCGAAUGUCUGGCAUACUCUUCCGGCCAAAGGAAAAAUUUUUUUUAUUCAGAGGUGCUUCUUAAAGCCAACAAAAAAAAAAGAAUUAAAAUUAAAAUUAAAAAUUCGUAGGGUCUCUCAAAAAAACAAAUUAAAUAUGAUUCUAUUUUGGGUUUUAAAACUAACUUAACAAGGCUGUUAAAUGUAAAAGCGGUUUUUCUUAAAUGCUUUUAAUAAGCUGAAGGUUUGCCAAAAACAUGUUUUAAAACUAAAGAAAUAAAAGAAUCAUAGAGAGACGUGUACACCAGGUAACAAAUUAAAUAUGUUUUAAGAUAUUUGUCAUGUGUUGUUAAAUAACUUAUUAUGGCUAGGAAAUACCAAUGCAUUGAUUCUUAUUAUGGCUAGGAAAUAUCAAUGCAUUGAUUCUGAAAUGCUUUUCAGAAAAUAAUUUCAGAACUAGAGAAUUUGAAGAGUCAUUAGAAAAGUGUAACAUUAAAAUUUUAAUCCUGAAACUUACAUAAUGUUUUCAAAGUAAAUAAAACGUUUUCAAAUCUAAAAAUGGUAUCUGUUAUAGACAACAAGAAUAGUGGGUCUUUAAGUACAUAAUUAGCUUUAAAAUCUAAAAUUUAUAUCUGUUUAUAAACUAUAUCUAAUUUUGCUGAGCCUAAGGAACUUUUCUGUUUUAAGUGUACUAAGAUAUGGGUCUAGGGACACCAUCUUGGCCAGGCCAAAGUGGAAAAGUGCGCAGCCAGCGGCCAAGAGACAAACGCCAAUGCUGACAACCCAAAAGGGGGGGCGGAGGAUAAGGGGCGUGGCUGGGAUGAGGUGGCCAUGUCCUCGCCCCAAAAAGCAGUUAAGUCAAUAAAUUUACUGAUUUAAUGUGGCAAAAGUUUCGAUUGUUGUUGUCUCUGCCAUUUGCUGUGUUGUUUCAAGGGUUAGGAGUUUUUGCCGGCGGCGAAGAGCACAUCGACUGAUGGGUUUUUCCCUAGUAAAACGCCUGCAGUUGUUAUUUUAUCCAUUGCCAUUGCCCGGGCGGUUUUCGUUUUAGUGGCCCCAAGGAACACACCACACUUGGCCAAAUCCUAACAAAUGCUAGAUUAACACAAUUGGCAAACAAUAAAGGCAACAAACUUAUAGGGCUUUAAGCGAUUGCUUAUUGUCGGUAGCGUCUUUAGUGGGAGAAAAAAAGAGACAUAUUGAGUGAGUUGUUCAGUAAUUGGAAAUCAGCAUUUUAACUUAAAUAAAUAUUUUGCCUAUUUGACAAACACGUCAUUUAAUUGAAGCGGAUUGAAGAGUAAAGGUUAAAGGCCACAUAACGUUAUGACAGCCAUAGUCAACAGCAUAAAAUAUUAAAUUUAGAAAACAAUGCCCAGAGUAAACAAUGACCGCAGCAAAAAUGCAUGCAUCAUAACUCGAAAAAAGUCGCGAACAAAAAACUGUUCAUAAAAUAUAUGAAAUUGCCAAUUGAUUUAUUUGCAGAAAACAUUUCUCCAUGUCAAAUAGUUCGGAAAAUGUAAAAAAUGAGUAGCAAAGGGAAAACUUUAAACAAAUACUCUUUUAUUUAUGCUGCAUCCCGUGUAUGAUUGAAUUAUUCAUCACGUAGACAAUUAAAAAUACUUGAUGAGGUAUGGGGCAAUGGGAAUGGCGUUUUUCCGACUCUAAACGUCCCAUUGUCUUUUGACCUGCGGGCGGCAGAUGGCAUAUUUUUAUGCAUUUUUAUUUAAAAUGUUUUAUGCAUAUCCGGGAAAAAGAAAAGGGCUGGAAAACUGAUGGUGGAGUAGAAAAAAAAAUAUAUCGUAGGUAGGUAGUAAUUAUCUUUGAUAGUAACAGUUGCCAGACGAGGUGGUGACCCAUCCAUUUCCAUGUCUCUGACACUGGAAUCGUCCUGUUUCCCUUGAAUGUAUCCGCGUGUUAAUGAACGGGGCGUUUGACACUGGGCCACAUUUAUGCCAGACAAUUUGAUGCAUUAGCGUGUGCUGUGUGUUUUUUGGCCAUGGGCGUGUUGCCCAAUUAAGACACACACAAACACACACUCUUCUUGUAUGAACACACACACACCCAUAAACGAGGAGGAAAAUUAAUUAAAUUCCUUGGCUUUGGUCUGGCCAAACGCUCUUCAAGUUUGUUUAUGCAAUCUUGUACGUGUUUCCAUUAGGCUACAAUUCAAAGUUCAUUAUUGAAUGGAAGUGGGCGAGGCCUAGAAGAUAAACUUCCCUCCUGCGGCAACAAAUACGAUUUUCAAGUUGAAUGCAAUUUUAAUUAAUAGAAAAUCAAACAAACUUUGUAUGUACUAUGUGUAGUAUAAAGAUAUACAAAACAAACUUCUGUUCUUGUGCUACAAAAAGCAUAAGCCGCCAGCACACAAAGGCCGUAAGCUUAAGUGAGUGAAGGAUGCUGGGUACUUAGACCCAUGAACCAUUCGAGUGUGUUUGUGCACCUUUCUGAUUUCAUUUACAAAUGAAUCUCACUCGCCGGAAGCCAUUUCCCAUGCUAAAUUUACCUGCUUUCCCUGGCCUUCUAUGUUCAUAUGUUGACUUUUGGCAAAGAACUCGCCAUCAUAAAGGCAUCAAAUGGGCUACAACGAACGUGUCUUGGGCCAAAUUGAAUGAGCUUUUAAGUGUAUUGAGCCAGAGACAGAGCCGAGUCCCAUUCAAUGCGAUUAGUUACCGCACAUGUUUGCCGCCUAAAUAGCUUAAUACCUGGCUUAAAUGCAAAUCGGGAAAAGUAUUUACUUAUAUUUUUAACUGAUUAGGUUCGAGUGUAGGCCACCUUUGAGUUUAAGCUUUGAUAAAUAAAUCAAACUGUAAAAUCAUACUGAAUUGGAGUGCAUUGCACUUGCAAUAAAAUAUAAUUGGCCAAUUAAAAAUUAACGGAAAGACUAUCUUCAUCUAACCAAUCAUAAAAUAAGCAAAUUUGUUUUUAGUUCUUCAUGGUUUUUUUUGUUUAAAUACUUUAAAGAUUAAGUAGAUUUAUCUAAGCUUGUCCUGAACUAUGAGAGUUUACUAUACAAUUGUAACAUGGUUGAAAACUGAAAGUUUCAUUUGUUUUAAUUUAAAAAUAAAACUUUCAAUCUCGGGAUAAAAUAGAUAAUGUUUAACAAACAUCAUAGCAAAAAUCGGUAUUAAAUAUGGCCAUAAUUUCUUCGUGCACUCCAACUUUGAAAAUCACUUUGCAACGCAUUAAACUUCCUAUUCAUAAAUCAAAACAAAAUGAGGAAACUUGUUUCCGAACAUAUUUUAAGUUUGUAUUUGAAGAGGCUCUUUAAAGAGCCAUCGGUAAACUAACCCCUGGAACAACAGGGAAAGAAUCGCUAUUCGCUGUGCAAUCAACAGAAAACCGCAGGGUGUGUGGCGCAUAUCGAAUGUGUUAGUGGGCGAAGCUCCCUCGAAACCAAUCCCAAUCAAAACCCCCAUUUACCUGCCUUUUGCUGGCCACCUGUGCACGUGGUUUGAUUCCAAUGGUCAGCUGUUUGACCGCCGGGGCUUUUAUUAGCGUUACCAUUGGCUUUUGCAUUUGGUAUUGUUGAUUCCGGGCCUUGUUAUUCGACUAUUUUGCGUGUAAUUAAAAUUUUGCAGGGCCCACUGCCCACGACCCCAAUGAUAAAUUCAUAAACUGCUGGAACAGGGGUAUUUUCUCGUUGCUGUUUGUAAAUUAAUGAAAAUACUAUAAUAUUUUGUCAAUAUUUUCAUGAUUGAAAUAUUAUUUACGUAGUCGGAAUUUUCGAUAAAUAGCAUGUGUUUGUGUUUUGCCUGUGCAAGUAUUAUGAUAGUCCUGAAUGUUAUGUUAAAUUAGUAGGUCUCUAAUAUUGUGAUAAACAACUAGAUGUGUAAGUUGCAUGCCCCGUUUGUGCUAAUGCUACUUAAGCUACUGAACUACUGAAUAGAGUGUGAUUAGUGUACCCUGCAAGAAAGCUAAACCUUGUUUGUAUUUUCAAACCUCACCAACAAACCCCGUACAACCCCAAAACCACCCCAACAAUUUGGAUUCGAUUUGCGUAAACCUGAAAUGCCUGAUACCUGAAACCAGACGCUCUCGAAUGGGUCGCAGUCCUGCAGCGAAGAGGACGAGGCCAUGAUUGUCCUGGAGGCCCUGAAAAUGGAGGCGCAGACCACCAACGAUGAGACCGAAGAUACCGAAGAUGAGGCCGCCGAGGCGGAGGACAUGUUUGA